CAAAGGGUGGUCUUUUUCCUGGAGUUACGGUGCAGUCACAGGAGUAUCAAAUGGGACAAAACCAGGGCAAGGAGGGGGAGCUAGGGCAGGACAACAGCUCUGCAGGACCAGAGGAACAGGGACCAAGCCCAGACUCUGGGGGGGCCAAAGAGGAAGGAAAUCUAACCAUUGAAACUCAUGAGGUCAGGACAGAUGAGGAGAACACAGCCAGAAGAAGAUUGGAUGGAGGCCCAGGCAGGGAGUCACCAUCACCUACACCAGUGAAUGGUUUGGAUUCUCCUGGUAAGAUGUGCGCUUCCACGGAUGAGGGAGUUUUGGAGGGAGGGGAUGGCGAGAAAGAGGGAGGAAGAAAGAAUAGUGAGGAAGGCAGGGCUAAACCGCUGGCUCCACAGCAGCUGAAUGGAAUCGCACAGUCUGACAGCACAUGGGAGGCUGAUGAACCAAACCACAACGGAAAAGACUUGGAGAGUACACUAGAAGACCAUCAGGACAACCUAAGGAGUGACCUUCUUGGUAAAGACAAAAUUGAAAGGCUUCGCAAAGGAGAAAAGACGUGUGCUUCAUAUGUAAAGAAUGAAACGGAGUCUGUCUGUGGAGAUGACGACAAGCUAAAAUGUCAGGAAGAGGUCAGAAAACUCGAUUUUGAAGCUGCCUGUGAUAUUAGUCUAAAAAGUACAUGGCCUACCUUGGAGAUUCUGGAAAGGAAGGAAAUUUCAAAACCAUGUGGUGGGGAUGCCAACACCAACGUUCACUUCACAGUUCAAGACCAAGCUUUAGUCAUUACCGAAAAUGUCUUGUUGAAGACCAGCAUGAAUGAAUCACAAAACAAGGGGCUGAUUAACAAGCGCACAACAUCAAACCUUGUGAUGAACUCACAAGCGGAAACAUCAAAGGACACUACUAAGGGAAUUCAGCACAGCAAAGAAGAAAUGCAGAAGAAGCUGCCAGAGAAUCCACAUAAGGUUGUAACAGAAACCCCAAACGCUGAACAUUCCUUCUCAAAAACUGUCGAAACCCAAGGGUGGUCAAUGAAGGAUGUCCACUCAGCCAGAGAACCAGAAACCCCACAUGCUGAACAAUCCUCUCUGAAGAACGUUGAAACCCAGGGGCUGGCAAUAAAAUAUGUCUGCAGAGACAGAGAAAAUGUUACGGGGUGUCAGCCAGCAGAUGAUGUCAUAAAGACCAGAUUUACUAGUUUAUCUCUGGCAGGUGCGGAUUUACAAUGCAAAGCUGUGAGUCUGGAAAGAGUGCAGAGCCCAGAGGACCUCAGCACCUUAGAAGUGGCAUCCAAGUCACCUUGGUUUCACUCUGAGAGCCAUCGACAAAUAUAUGCAGGUGAAUUCACACAGGACGAGCUUCAAAAAGAAAGACAAUUUAAUGUGUCAUACUUGGAGAGCCCUUGGACAAAGGACCCUUCACUUGGAAGAUCACCCACUGGAGGUCACAAAAAUAAAGAUGGCAUAAGAGUGACUGAAGAAAGAGAAAAUCUGAAAUCUGCUUCAAAGGGUCUGUAUCAUUCCCAUGAAAAUAAACCUGAGAUAAAAGAUCUUUCUCUGUGUGGAACAGAAACGGAAGACGGUUGUUUUGUGACAUCUAAUAUUGCCAGUGUAGGUACGCUGGGUGAAAACAAACCCUGGCUACAAAGCUAUGAAGAUGAGAAAUGUAUUACAUUCUCUGAAGACGUUACAGAUUCGAACCCCCAUUGUAAAUCUGAUGUUCAAGUUAUGCAAAAAAAUGAAAAAGAGGAUCUCCCUCUUUUAGCAAAGGCCAAAGUACACACAGAGAAAAAUCUAGGAUGGUUUCUGGAUGAAAUGAGUCCACAGGCAGUGAUACAAACCCUUCCAGAGACGGCGAAGGAUACAACACACGAGAUGGAUCCAGAACAUUCUUCUUCAAUAAGGGCAGUGAUUGAUGUAAAAGAUGCUACAAAACAACAGAGGUUAGAUGGAAACGCUAAUGUUAACUCAGAGAGAGACCGCGUCGGCAAGUCUAAUCAGAAUACCAUCAGCUUGCACAAGGAAACAUCUGCAACUGGUUCCAUCUCUGAGCUCAUUGCUGGUCCAGAUACAGCUUCAGGUCGCAUAGAUGAUAGGCCAAGUGUGGACAAGAAAACAGAAGUCACUCUGUCUGGUUCUUCUCAACUUCAAGAAAAAUGUUUUUUGAAGAUUUUAACAAAUACGUCAACCCAUUCCACUAUAAGCCAGACAGACGUAUCUGAUCAGGUCUGGGCCGGUUGCGCUGCUGGAGCUGCAUUAACAGACAACACAGCAAACACAUCUGCUGCACAAGAUGUGCAACAUUCCUCCUCCAUGUGCAACCUAAUAAGUAUGCAAGCUAACGAGAAACAAGAUAAAGAGCAGAACAAGCUGUCGACACAAGCAAAUUGUCAUGUGUUCGAGGAGAAACGUUCAAGCCAGCUUGACCAAAAGAACGCAACAGAAAGCAACCCAACCACCAUCAUGGAAACACCACAGGGUGCACAGAAAAGGCAUGUUUCUGAUAUGAUAAAGGAAACUAUUGAGUUGCAGAAAAAGAUGAAGGAGUGGACCAAGCCAACUGAGGCCCGAGUUGAUCUGACCUUAGAUCCAACACAGUCUGUGAAAGUGUCACAGAUGAAAGCAGCAUUUGAUCCACCAAGGAAAUCACCUGACAAAGCACUAGAGAGAAAACCUUCAGUAAGAAAAGGUAGGAACCUUUCUGAGAUGGAUGCUAUUCAUUUAAUGCACUGA